AUGAACAGCAACAUCACUAGGGAAACCGUGUGCUCAUACUACACAGCAGCAGAAACAUAUGGACUGAAAUCUGUAAAGACACGCUGCUUUGACUGGCUUCUCUGCCACUUGAUGACCCACCCAAGUGUUGAACUUUAUAGGGAAAUUGAUACAAAGCUCAUGUAUCGUCUUAUUUGUUCAGCUGAUUUACUAGUUCUGCAAAAGGAAAUGGACAUCUACACCACCCUGAAAGAGUGGCUAUUUCUUUGUCUUAAUCCGUCCUGGAAAGGUCCGGUGAAGGAGAUCUUAGUUAAUGCCAACAGGUGGCUUUCCAAGCACAUGGAACGCGUUGAUAGCAUCAGUUUUCUUGAAAGUGAAGAAGGACUAAUAUAUCAACGGGUUUUUAAAAAACUGAGGUUCCAACAUAUCAUCUGUGAUGUAGGUGACACAGCUACUCUGGAACGAGAUCGUCUAAUACCUUUAGAAUGGCUGGCACCCAUUUAUAAACGGCAAUGGCUGGCUUUGCUUCAAGAACAAGAACACAUGGAAAUAGGGCCACGAAUCAUCAGUGAAGAACUCGAAGACUGCUGCAUGAGAUGCGGUACAAUGAUUCGCAGAGAUGGUAAAUACUCCUGGAAGUGGUCAGAUGUUAGGUUUAGUUUCCCUAUAACAGUCACCUUUACCAACCGUCACAUCAUUUUUAGGGAAAGUCGUCAGCAGUAUGAUGGAUGUUGGUUAAAACAUGUACGAUACAUAGUGUUCAAAAUAACUUUGGUAUGUUUUGAUUCCAACGGGAGAGUAACAUUCAGUCAAACAACUGGUCACAAAAUUGUUACCUUCGAACAUAACGAGGAACAAAUUGUAAUGAAGUUAGAUGGCGUAGUUUUAAGCUUCCCCCUGUGUAUAUUCUUCAAUUUUCUGUUUUAAUCAUCAGAAAAUACAGAACAUGUGUGAUCUUGUCAAUUAUUAGACCAUAGGAGCAGCUUACAAACAUUGAUUGAUUCAUUAACUCGAAGGCUGUGCUGUAAAUGUAGUUAAGAUGACCGACAACAAAAUGAAAAUUCUUAGGAGUCUAGCACCACCACAGAGGACUCAAUUCCA